AUUGUACGCAAGCGCAGUUAGAUAAUAAAAAUUUUAAGACUUUCAAGAUGGCUUCGGGCCUUAGCUACAAAGUUAAUUUUUAGUUGACGACCAAUUUUUUUAUUACUUACUGCGUUUUUUAUCAUUUUAUACGAAAAAACCAGUCGUUUGGCUAUCAGUAGUGUUUUGAUGGAGAUCCAUAACAAGAAUUUGACUCUUCUUUGUAGGGUCUGUGGAUUUUUGGUUGGUAAAAAAAGUUACCCUAUUGGAACAAACCAAAAAAAUAAAAUUGAAAAGGUUUUCCAUGUUAUGCUAUCAGAUGAGCAAGAAAAUGUUCAUCCAAAUAAAAUUUGCCAUAAAUGUUAUAAUACCAUUAACAAUGUUAUCAAAAGAAUGACAUCAACAACACUUCAUUUAAGUAUAAACUGGAAACCUCAUUGUGAUGAAUGCUUUUGCUGUCAACAGGUAGAAAAACUCUGUAAAGGUCUAAAUGUUGCAAAAUUACUUAAACAAAAUAAAAAGCUUAUUGGUCGCCCUGGUAUUGGUGAAAAAGUCUGGUCAUUUUCGAUGAUUGCUAACAUUAAAAAAAGCAUUGUGACAACACAUGACUCAGAAAUAGAUAUUGAAGAAUUAAAAAAUGAAUUUAAUCCUCAUUUACAACUUUGUCAGUGUAAUUUAUGUGGUAAAAUACCAAAACGACCAGUAACUCUAAAAAAAUGUGAACACUUAUUUUGUUUUUUCUGCAUAGUGGAAAAUAUAAAAGUAAAAAAACUCAAUGAAACAUCAUGUCCAAAAUGUAAAGAGCUCAUUUUACCUGAAGAUUUAGUGACAAGUGUAAAAACAAAUUCUCUUUUAAAUAUGUUAACUGUUGAGUGUAUAUGUAAAAAAAAAUUCAAUGUAAUGAAAGAAUAUGAUUUAUAUACUAAUCAUAAGAGUGUCUGCAUUGAUAAAUCAAUAGUACAAGCAGCCCCAUUGUUAUCACCAUCAAUAUCUUCAUUUGCUUCUAACUUGGCUUCAUCAUCAUCUUUUACAGUAUCAACAUCAUCAUCAACAUCUUAUUUAUUUAACAACAACAUUUCUGAGAUUUUCAAUCUCACAGUGGAUAAUGAUAUUCCAAGAAUAGUUGAAGAUGCUGCACUCCAUGUUCUUAAGCAAAAGAUGGCUAAAGAUGGUGGACAAGUAGUUGAGUUUAAAAGUGGAGGAUCUAGACCAGUUUUGUUUUCGCUUACUCCAAAAGCAUAUGUUAGCAGUAACCAAGCAUCAAAUACAACUAUAAGAGUCAGAAAUGCUUCUAUCAAAAGACACAUGAAAGUUAUUUCUGGUACAUCCAAUGAUGCAGUUUGUUGCCAAACAUCGAAGCUGAUAAAUUCAUUUCAAGCAGAGACAAAGGGGUUAAUAUUAGAUAACCUAAAUACUGAAAGAGUAGUAAUUAGUGCAACCAACAUGGUAGCAAUGAAAGCAGAUCUGUGCAUACCUUGGGAAAAGCUUAAAACAAUAUCCAAGUUUUUAUUUUUUUAUAUGAAUUUUAUUAUAUACUAGUUUUUUGUUGCAUGAAAUAUAACUUUUUAUGUUUGUUUAAAGGUGGCUGAAAAGCUUUAAUAUAAAUACAGCAUCACAUUCUUCACAAAGAAUAGUUGCUGAAAAGUUAUCUGGUGAUGACCUAGUUGUAGAAAAUGCACCAUUUACCUUUGAAAAGGAAGAAAAAGGAACAUUCGAAAUAAAAUAUGUAUCUUGGGGCUAUAUUGAAAAUUUACCAAUGCAUAUUUUAAGACAUCUUGAUCAAUUAGAAAGUUGUAAAAGACUUCAUCACCAUGAAUUUAUUCCUGAGAAAGAGAUACAAAUUAAAAUAGGAGGUGAUUAUGGUGGAGGGAGUUUUAAAAUGACAUACCAGGUUGCAAAUACCUUAAACCCAAAUAGCAAAGACAACACCAUAGUUUUUAGCAUUUUUGAGGCAAAAGAUUACAGAGUCAAUGUCAAAGUAGCCAUGUCAAGGUUUGAAAAGCAAAUAGAAGAUCUUCAAAAAAUGAAGUAUAAGGAUAACAAUAUUAGAGUAUUUGUUUUUGGCGAUUAUCAGUUUCUAUGUGCCCUCUAUGGAAUAUCAGGAGCAUCAGGGAGGCAUUGUUGUCUUUUCUGUUAUGCGACAGCAAGUGACAUGAAAUUUGGUGAGCAUAAAAGUUCUGAAAUAAAAGAUCGUACCUUAGAAGAUCUGUUUUUGGACCAUGAAAGAUUUAUAGAAAACGGAGGUUUAAAGAAAAAUGCAAAAAAUUUCAAUAAUGUCAUCACAGAGCCAAUUUUGAAAAUACCACUAGAUCAAGUAUCUUUACCUAGUCUCCAUAUGGCUCUUGGUAUUUAUUUGAAUUUUUUUAAUUUGUUUGAAGAAGAAGUCCAUCAAUUGGACAUUUUGAUUGCUGCAGAAGCAGUCAAAAGCAACAUCAACUUUUCGGAAGAAUAUCCAGUUUUCGUAUCAAAACAAAAACAACUGUUAAAUCUUCAAACUGAAAUUCUUAACCUCGACAAUCAAAUUCAAUUAAUCAAUGAUUUUAUUUUGUUAGCUGCUGUUAACAAUUCAGAUAAUUUAGAAAAUAUUCAAUCUCUAUACUUUACAGAAAUUGAAUUACUUAAUGGUGAAAAAGCAAAAAAGACAAAUAUAUAUAAUACUCUGUUUGGGAAACAUUCCUUUGAAUUGGGUCAAAGACCAUGCACAAAGAUGAUCGAGACGGUACUGCAAAAGCUUAAAGUACAACGUCAAGCUUACCACGGAAAAAGUUUUAUAGGAAACCAUGUGCAUAAAAUGCUAAAAAAAUCUUCAAUACUUCAGCUAUGCAACUGCAUCCCGAAGCUUGUUCACGAGGAAGGAUAUUCAGGAACAAGCGUAUUCUCAAAUCCCAUUACCAAAAGACAAAUCCAGAAAAUAUGCGUCUUAAGCCAUGUUUAAAAAAAAAGAAAAGAAGUUAAUAAGAAAGUUAUUUUAAUAUCUCUGAUUCCGCUGAGAAAGAAGUAUCAAUUUGUCAAUAAAAAUAUUUCUAAUGAUCUGGUUUUACCAAAGUCAUAAAAUUCAUGAACCAAAAUAAAGAAAGAAGAAAAAACGGCUAUUUUCAUAGCCACAAGCAUAAUAAAGGCAUUAUUUGGUAUAAAAUAAUUUUUGUUAUAGGUAAUACAUAUAUAUCACCCCUGCUA